CUUGUUUUGAUGGAACUUUUCGUAAAUACUCUCAAAAUUAUUAUUGUAAAAUUAAUUUUUAAAUCAAAAGUGUCGCGUUUAUUAACAUAUGGUAUCAAUCAUAUUUUAAUUUACCACUAGUGUAAGAUAAUUAAUUGCAGUUUAGUUCAUCGUGGCAGUGCAGUGUUGUAAUCAAGCGAUCUUGAUUCAGUGAAUUUAAGCUUUAUCUUAUUGCUGUGCCAUAAUUACGUAGGACACUAAGAAUUUGUGGUCAAAAGUGUGUGUUUUCUUUAAAAAUAUACCACAUUAAAGGAGCACCGUUCGAGAAAAACAAAAUCAUAAUUUUGAUGCACGGAGGAGCAAUAAGAGUUCUCCGGCUCUCGGUGUAAAGAUGGGUACAAUGACAAGAUCUUAAAGGCCGGAGAACCUAGUGUGCACGCAUCUGGAUGGUAUACGUAAAAGGUGGAACAUCCCGCUAGCAAUGAAGUGGUGGGGCGAACCGCUGGGGCGGAGCGCGGGGGCUCACUUGUCGCGCGUGGGGCGGCUGCGGCGGGCGCUGGUGCUGCUCGGUGCUAUUGCGUGUACUGCUGCCGCGUUGCUGUACUGGCGACAACAGACGGACGACCGGGCUACUAGACCGCUGCACUCUUUAUUGGGGGGAAUCGAGCCACAAUGGUCUUGGGUGUGUCGCAACGACCGGUGCGAGAGGCUCCUGGCGGCGGAGACCAACGUGCUCCAGUCGCUAGCGACGUGCAACAUGCUGUGCUCCUCCACGCAGCUGUGGCCGCAGCCCACCGGCCCCGUCAGCCUCGCCACGGCGGCCGUACCCGUCCGCGCUAAAGGGUUCAACCUCCAGAUCCUGGCGUCACCCUCCCGCGAGGUAACAGACCAUCUCAGCGACGCUUUCGCUCUCAUGCGCGACGAUCUCAAAUCUCUGGAACGAAGCGCGGCCGGCGAUAUCCGAAGAUCAGAUAUAGGCGCCCCGAGAGAUGUCGUGGUUCGAGUAGCAGUAAACGGGAGCGCGGAUCCUCGCCUACGCCUCAAUACAGAUGAAAGUUACAAGCUGACGAUGAAGCCGGCCGGCAACGCGCUAGCAGUGGAUAUAACGGCGCGGUCCUUCUGCGGCGCAAGACACGGCUUCGAAACUUUAUCCCAGCUGGUCUGGCUCGACCCAUACGCAGGCUCGCUCCUCAUCAUCGAAGCGGCAUCCAUAGACGAUGCGCCGAAAUUCAACUUCCGCGGCCUGCUCCUGGACACCGCCCGGAACUACUUUCCCGUCAACGACAUCAUCCGCACGAUCGACGCGAUGGCCGCCUGCAAGCUGAACACCUUUCACUGGCACGUCAGCGACUCGCAGUCGUUUCCCCUGCGGCUGGCCAGCGCGCCGCAGCUCGCCCAGCACGGCGCCUACGGCCCGGGCUACGUGUACACGACCAACGACGUCAAAGCCAUCGUCCGAAGGGCCCGACUCCGCGGCGUGAGGAUCCUGAUCGAGAUAGACGCGCCGGCGCACGUCGGGCGCGCCUGGGCCUGGGGCCCCGCGGCUGGGGUGGGCCACCUGGCGCACUGCGUCGAGCUGGAGCCCUGGAGCGCCUACUGCGGGGAGCCCCCCUGCGGCCAGCUCAACCCGCGCAACCCCCACGUGUACGACAUCCUCGAGAAAAUCUACAAGGAGAUCAUCGAUCUGACGGGAGUCGACGACAUCUUCCACCUGGGCGGGGACGAGGUGUCGGAGCGGUGCUGGGCGCAGCACUUCAACGACACGGACCCCAUGGAGCUGUGGCUGGAUUUCACGCGCCGGGCGAUGCUCGCACUGGAGAAGGCGAACGGGGGGAAGGCUCCCGAGUUAACCCUGCUGUGGUCGUCGCGGCUGACGCGCACGCCGUAUCUAGAGCGGCUGGACAAGCGGCGGUACGGGGUGCAGGUGUGGGGCGCGUCGCGCUGGCCGGAGUCGCGCGCGGUGCUCGACGCCGGGUUCCGAACGAUCGUGUCGCACGUCGACGCCUGGUACCUCGACUGCGGGUUCGGCUCGUGGCGCGACAGCUCCGACGGCCACUGCGGUCCGUACCGCUCCUGGCAGCAGAUCUACGAGCACAGGCCCUGGAUCGAGGAGAUGCCGUCGACGGGCGCGAAGUCGUGGAAAGUCGAGGGGGGUGCGGUGUGCCAGUGGACGGAGCAGCUCAGUCCGGGGGGGUUAGAUGAUCGGUUGUGGCCGCGGACGGCGGCGCUAGCCGAGCGGCUGUGGUCGGACCGCGCGGAGGGGGCGGCCGCUGAUAUGUAUCUGAGACUGGACACCCAGCGUUCGAGGCUACUAGUGAAGGGGGUCCGCGCGGCGCCGCUCUGGCCCAAGUGGUGUACACACAACCCCCACGCCUGCCUUUAAGCCUGAGAGAGCUAGAUUAUUUGAAGCUGCUUACUCUUAUUCUGCACGGUAUUAUCAUAAUGUUUGUGAUGACAUGAAUUUUAACACAAUUUUUUUUGUGAGUGAAUAAGUAAGUAUAAUUUUAAAUCCAAAAAAUGAAGGUCACAACUACGAACUUAUAUUUUAAAAUCCUUAAUAGAAAUUGUUUCGUGUUAUAAUGUAAGAUGAAUUAUUAUGACACCACUGGUAACAUUAUGGUAAUACGGUGACUUGGUGUCUAUGGUUUUUGACAGGUUCUUCUUUUCAACAGCGUUCUUGAUUGGUUAUCGUGUUUGACGUUGGCCAAUCAGAAGCGGCCAACAUAUAUCCUGUCAAAAACCUUAAAGUUUGGGCACAAAAAGGCCCGUUUGACGUAGUUAGACCGCCGUUUUAUUUAGGAGCCAAUGUUGUAACACUAUAGUUGGAUGCUGUGUACAUAAGUAGUUAGAGUUUGUACAGCGUUGUGAGAUCACAAGUAGGUUUAUGAGUAACUUAAUUAGGUAGGUGUAUAAAAUUAGAAUAAAUUUUGUAACAAAAUACAUGCAGGUAAAUGUCAUUACAGAAUAGUAAAUAUCGGAGCAGAGGGCGUAAACAAUCCGAUCAAAAUCCAACAUGUUGGCUGUUGCACACGUCGUGUCUAAACACACUAGGCCGAAGUUAAGCGGCGUAAUUUCCGCAUGAUUACGCCCGAAAUGUCAAACGCUGAACGCAAUACGGACAGAACGCGACGGAAUAGUGUGUCAUCGGUAAUUUAAAAUACAUUGCGGGC